UUCCGCGAGGAACACGGCCAGAGACGGACAAAGCGCCUGGACUGUUUGUAAAAUUUGUAAAGGCCAUGAUAUAUAUGUAAGUUGGGUUGGGCUGCCGUAGUGUUUAGUCAAUCUCUUAAGUAUCGGGGAAGGUGUGUGGCUGAUCAAAGUGGUAGGACAGAGAGUCACUCCUUUGGUGGUUUAGGGCUCGAACUUUGGGAAAUUAAAACAAAGCACAAUAGCUAACAAGAAAAGACCUAGAAAAUAAGGAUAAAGAAACAGAGAGAUGGGUAACUCUCAGAACAAGGAUAUCUUAAGUAAAAGCCCCCUCGGUUGCAUAUUGACACGCUGGAGGGAUAUUGUUGGAACUGGGGGUACAGAGAAUAAGAAGACCCUCAUUAAAUAUUGCAAUCAAUGGUGGCCGCUUUAUAAGCUGGAAGAUGGAGCCAGGUGGCCACUUAAUGGAACAAUUGAUUACAACACUAUGUUGCAAUUAAUGCUGUUUUUGAGGAGAGAAGGAAAAUGGGAUGAAGUGUCAUAUGCAGAUAUGUUUUUCACCCUCCGAAACCAUCCGGAGUGGCAAAGGGACUGUGGAAUGGUGCCGCCACAGGACCCUAUGGUACUUGCCCUAGAGCGGGAAAAUAACAAAGGACUUAAAGGUAAACUGAGGCGGUGUUGCUCGGCAUGUAGUAUUGGGCAAAGAUGUACUAGGAAAAAUAAAAUACACCUGGCAUCAGAACAAGAUUUAACUGAUUUGUUUAAGCCUCCCCCUCGACCACAGGAACAGGAUGUGGACUCGGAAGGAGCCUCCACUCCCCCGGGAAGCCCUGUAUCCUCCCGUAUCAGGAAAAAGUCUGCCCCAACAGUCUUACAAGCACCUCUCCGAGAAGCAGUAGGGCCUGACGGUGGGACGAUGUUAAUUAAGGUACCUUUCUCCACCACUGAUUUGGAAGCAUGGAAAAGGGUUGCUAAGGAUUACAGGAAUGAUCCGGUAAAUGUAACUAAACAUUUCCAGUUUAUUAUAAAACAACACAACCCCGACUGGAAUGACAUACAAUUAUUAUUAGAAUAUAUGACUGAAACGGAAAAGCAAUUAAUUUUAAAAACUGCAGGGAAUUUGGCUGAGGAUCAUUAUAAAAUUACGGGAGGAGAUGUUAAAGAAUAUCUCCCCCUUCAAGAUCCAAAAUGGGAUGCAAACAGAUCCACGCAUAUGGAAAGACUGAAGGCAUACCAGGGAUGGAUUUUAAAAGGAGUGGAGAGGGCCAUUCCCAAAACUAUAAACUGGUCGGCAUUAUAUGCAAUCAAACAAGGUCCUUCCGAGUCACCAUCCGAAUUCUUGGAUCGACUAAGGGACGUAAUGCGCCGCAACACACCGCUGGAUCCUGGGUCAGAGGUAGGAACGCAACAACUAGUUUCUUUGUUUUUGGGCCAGUCUACAGGAGAUAUUAGGCGCAAACUCCAAAAGCUGCGUCCCACAGAAGGAAGGAACCUGGAAGUAUUGCUGGAUGAAGCGUGGAGGGUGUUCAGUAAUAGAGAGGAAGAUUACAAACGGGGACAAAGAAGGGUGGUGGCUGUCGUCAGGGAGGAGGAGGAAAGAAAACCCAGACGAGGACCGCCUCGAUUAGGCAGAGAUCAAUGUGCGUUAUGCAAAAGAUUUGGACACUGGAAAGAUGAUUGUCCGGAAAAGCGGAAAAAUAAGGAGAAGGGGCGGAAUAGUCAGAAAGAAAGAAUAAUGGCUCAUUUGAGGGAAGACUGACGGGGACCUGGGGAAUCCACCCUAGCGGAUCCACUGGUUAUAAUGAAGCUAGGGAAAAAGCAGAAGAAGGUAGAAUUUCUGGUGGACACAGGGGCGACGUAUUCGGUCUUGAACCAAGCUUUGAGGCCCCUGGGAAAUGACUAUAUCAUGGUGAAAGGGGCAACUGGCCAAAGUGAAAAGGUAUAUUUUUGUGAACCUCUGAGAUAUAAAUUGGGAAAACAAUGGGGCAUCCACAGAUUUCUGUACAUGCCCAACUCCCCGAGAGCACUGUUGGGGAGAGAUUUAUUGGAACAAUUAGGUGCGAUAAUUAAAUUUGAAAAGGGAGAGAUUACUCUGGAGGUGAAUGACCAACAGUAUAUCCAAAUAAUGAGCUUAUCCCUAACUAAUGUUCCUAUAGAGGGAAAAAUCAGCGAAGAAAUUGCGAACCAGGUAUACCCCGGGGUCUGGGCCACUGAUGUGCCCGGAAAAGCAAAAAAUGCUACACCUGUGGAGGUCAAACUCAAAGAAGGACGACAGCCAGUAAGAAUCAAGCAGUACCCCCUGAGGAAGGAAGACAGGGAGGGAAUUCGACCAGUAAUAGAAAAAUUUUUACAACUAGGAUUAUUAAGGGAAUGUGAAUCCGAUUUUAACACUCCCAUAUUACCUGUCCGUAAACCCGAUGGGUCGUACCGGGUGGUUCAGGACCUACGGGCUAUAAAUAAAAUAACUGAAGACCUCUACCCGGUAGUGGCAAAUCCAUAUACCUUGCUGACUGUAUUGACACCUGAACUAACCUGGUUUACUGUUUUAGACCUGAAGGAUGCCUUCUUUUGCCUCCCUCUCCAUAAAUCCAGCCAGAAAAUAUUUGCAUUUGAAUGGGAAAAUCCUAAAAGAGGGCGUAAAACUCACCUUACUUGGACGGUGUUACCACAGGGGUUCAAAAACAGUCCUACUAUAUUUGGUAACCAACUCGCAAAAGAUCUUGAGUCCUGGGAAGCCCCGCCUGAGGAAGGGAAACUGUUACAAUAUGUGGACGAUAUCCUGAUUGCAACCAAAACAGAGGACGCUUGUAUGACCUGGACGGUUAGUCUGCUAAAUUUUUUAGGGCUCCAGGGAUAUCGGGUAUCCAAGAAGAAGGCCCAAGUGAUGCAGCGUAAGGUGAUUUAUCUGGGCUAUGAAAUCAGUGCUGGACAAAGAACUUUGGGACAGACCCGGAAAGAGACAAUAUGUCAAACUCCGAGACCACAAACAGUGAAAGAGUUACGAACCUUCCUGGGGAUGACUGGGUGGUGCCGACUAUGGAUCUAUAACUAUGGACUGCUUGUUAAACCUCUGUAUGCACUGACAACCACUGAACAAAAACACCUUAAAUGGAAUAAAGAGACCAUACAGGCCUUCAAGUUGCUAAAAAAGGCCCUCAUGUCGGCCCCAGCCUUGGGACUCCCAGAUGUGAGUAAACCGUUUUUCCUUUUUUCCCAUGAGAAGCAGGGGAUUGCCCUAGGAAUACUAGCACAAGAUCUGGGCCCGUAUCGACGAGCAGUUGCCUACUUUUCUAAACAAUUGGAUGCAACUGCAAAAGGUUGGCCUGGAUGCCUGCGAGCAGUCGCGGCUGUAGUACUAAACAUCCAGGAAGCCCGAAAAUUCACCCUGGGCCAGAAAAUGACUGUGUUGGUGUCCCAUACAGUAUCUGUAGUACUGGAAGCGAAAGGUGGACACUGGCUUUCCCCACAAAGAUUCUUGAAAUACCAGGCUAUAAUGGUAGAACAGGAUGAUGUGGAGAUCAUAGUCACUAACAUUGUCAAUCCAGCCUCUUUCCUCAGUGGAAACACAGGGGAACCAGUGCAUCAUGACUGCCUGGAGACCAUCGAAACAACAUAUUCCAGCCGUUCAGACCUGAGAGACAGUCCUAUGGAGAACACGGAAAACUGGUUCACGGAUGGAAGCAGCUACGUCCUAAGUGGUAAAAGACAUGCCGGAUAUGCCAUUACCACCAGUCAAGAAAUCAUAGAGUCAGGGCCUUUACCCAUGAGUACCUCUGCACAGAAGGCGGAAAUAAUUGCUCUGACCCGUGCCUUGGAAUUGGCCCAAGGCAAAGCUGUAAAUAUCUAUACAGACUCAAAAUAUGCCUUUGGAGUCGUACAUGCGCAUGGAGCAAUCUGGAAGGAGAGGGGAUUAUUGAACUCACAGGGCAAAAAUAUCAAGCACGCAGAAGAGAUCAUGAAACUGUUGGAGGCAGUCCAACUCCCUGAGAAAGUGGCGAUCAUGCACAUUAAGGCACAUCAGAAAGUGAACUCAGAAUUGGAAAGAGGAAAUGAGCUGGCGGACAGAGAGGUAAAACAAGCAGCUAAAGGUGAGGUAAAUACGGAGGGGGCCUUGGUCCCUGAUGGGCAAAUCUCCCUAGAAGGUAAGCCAAAAUAUACUAAGGAAGAUCAGAAGCUUAUCAUCGACCUAGAAGGGUCGUAUAAUAACGAGGGGUGGGCUCUCACCCCACAAGGGAAACUAAUCAUUCCCUCUUAUCUAACAUGGUCUCUGAUAAGGGAAGAACAUAGGAAGAGGCAUUGGGGGGCAGAAGCUCUAUAUAAACACCUGAUUAGAGAGAUUGUAGCUAGGAAUCUAUACACCACCGUGAAACAAGUAACUCAACAGUGCGAUAUUUGCCUCCAGACUAAUCCCAAGAAUACCCCUAAACCAGAAAUGGGUCAAACUGGGAAAGGCAACGGGCCUGGGCAACAAUGGCAGAUUGAUUUUUCAGAACUCCCAAGAAAAGGGGGGUAUCGAUAUUUAUUGGUAUUAACUGAUACCUUUUCAGGUUGGCCAGAGGCAUUUCCUACCAGGACGGCCAAGGCUCGGGAGGUAACCAGAACAUUAAUACAAGAAAUAAUACCACGCUUUGGGGUUCCGGCAACCAUAUCUUCUGACAGAGGACCACAUUUCAUCUCAAAAGUAGUACAACAAAUUAGCUGUCAUUUGGGUAUAGAUUGGCAGCUUCAUACCCCAUAUCGCCCUCAGUCGAGUGGCCAAGUAGAAAAAAUGAACCACUUAAUCAAACAGCAGAUUGUGAAAUUGGGACAGGAAACUAACUUGGCCUGGCCUCAGUCUCUUCCUUUGGCUCUCUUGCGCAUACGAACCAGGCCAAGAGCAAAAGAGGGACUGAGUCCUUUUGAAAUUUUGUAUGGACGACCCUAUGGAAUACAGAAAGGGAUGUCCACACAAGCCGGGGAGGAAAUUAUGACUUCAUACAUGGUGGCAUUAGGCAAACAACUCAGCAGAAUUCAAAAACAUGUGGUUGGGACUCGAAGCAGGGGUUUGGAUGGACCUGUACAUAACAUACAACCUGGAGAUUAUGUAUAUGUGAAGUCUCUUACAGAAAAGACCCUGGAACCACAAUGGGAAGGACCGUUCCAGGUACUCCUCACAUCCUUCACAGCAAUAAAGAUUAAGGAACAGAAUGCCUGGAUUCACCACUCCCGUGUGAAGAAGGCACCUAAAUCUCCAUGGAGAGUCACGCAAGUACAGCAAGGAAAGCUUACCUUGUCACGACGCUGAUUGUAAGCCUAAUAGGGGAACUUGAGGCAUGGGAGAAUAAUGCCUUUUUGCAGCUACAUGACAAAAUUGCUAAUGCCAUGAACUGGUCUGAUUGCUGGA